CUGAGAAGGACGAAGAUUGUUCCACUUUCCUUCUCGCCUUGUCUCUGAAAUUUCGAGGGUUCAUUGUGGCGUGCUUAUUCGUUUGGUGAAUCAGCAAUUCGAACCAGUUAGCAAUGUUCAGAUUCUGGGGAUCACAAGAGCAACAAUCGCAGGAUGGUUCUUCACAGUCACAAUCGUGGUAUCCGCCAUCGGUGUUGAGUUCACCGAGUUCUUCGAGGCCUGCUACACCAACUGCUUCUUCUUCUUCUUCUUCACAGAGGCCUUCUUCACAUGUUCCACCUUCUGAAGCCGCUGGAGUUAUUGCUGUCUUGAAGGACAAGAGUGUUGAUGAAUUACGGAAGCUUUCAUCUGACAAAGAUGCGUAUCAGCAAUUUUUACAUUCACUUGAUCAGGUCAAGAUUCAAACUAAUCUGAAAGAUGAACUUUGCAAGGAGAAUUUACAGCUUGCAGAGGAAAAUCUGCUGAAGGAACCACGUAUCAUGGAACUUAGGAAUCAAUGUAGAAUAAUUCGGACAACUGAGUUAGCUGCUGCUAAGGAGAAACUAAAUGAGCUUGAGAAGCAGAAAGAAGAAAUGUUGAAGUUGAAUUCCCCUGCAUCCCUUCUCCAAAGGAUUCAAGAGUCUGCGAACAAGACAGAAGAGGAAUCUGAAAAUCUGCACCAGCUUCUCCUUGACAGAGAGGCCGACCUUGGGGCUUUCUUGCAAAAGUACAAGAAGCUACGUACCACUUACCACAGGAAGACUCUCAUACAUCUUGCUGCUAAAACAUCUACUAUAUGAGUACGACAUGUGGAAUAUGAAAAUUAAAAAAAAGCAACUCCUCGAUUUGGCGAGUAUGCAUUGAUUUUUGGUUCAUUAUUGUCAAUAGUUGUUGGUCAAAGAUACUUGCCACCGAUUAUAUAAAAGCUGCUGCUGUUGGGAUAGAGCCGUCUAUUAUAAAUGAGAAUGUUCAUAUAUGUACAGCUUGAGAUUGUUCAUUGUGGUGACAUUGUCAAGUACUUUCCUGCCAUUUGAUAAGAGGUAUGGACAUAUCUGCAGGUCUGCUACCUUAUUUCUCCCAAUUUGUGCUUUACUACCGUCAACAAUAUUUAUCUGAAACUCUGAAGUAGAUGCUGUAUCUUAUGGGAUCAUAAUCGCUGAUAUCGGAUUUAUUUGUGUUGUAAAAUGUACACAAAUGCUUUUGACUUUCCUUUUCCUGGGAGCAACUAUAAGUUUUUCAGAACCCAUGACUUUUUGCCGGAUUUUGCAUGUGUUAUCAUGUAAUAGUAGAUGCACAAGUCGAACAACUUUUUUUGGAAAGCGAAUAUAGCGUUAAACAGGUUCGACGUGAUUGAUAAAUUUAUCUAUUGUAGACAU